GUGGCCCGUAAGCUGGUGAUUGUAGAAGGAGAGUUGGAGCGUACAGAGGAAAGGGCAGAACUGGCUGAGGCUAAAUGUGCUGAGCUGGAGGAAGAGCUGAAGAAUGUCACAAACAACCUGAAAUCCUUGGAGGCUCGGGCUGAGAAGUACUCUCAAAAGGAGGACAAGUAUGAGGAAGAAAUCAAGAUUCUAACUGACAAACUAAAAGAGGCUGAGACCAGAGCUGAGUUUGCUGAAAGAUCUGUGGCCAAGCUGGAGAAGACCAUUGACGACCUGGAGGAUGAGCUUUAUGCUCAGAAGCUGAAGUACAAAGCUAUCAGUGAAGAACUGGACCACGCUCUCAACGACAUGACCUCCAUGUGA